GUCUAGCUAGCUAAGGCUCGCUGUACUGUCAGCUGGCCUCUGUGUUGUUACCGGUCGGUAAGUUCUGACAGCCUGGCGAUGUGACCGUGUAAACAAAAGAAGCACAAACUACAAAAUACUGUGCUAGUUUAUAAUACUAGCAACAACAAUAUGAAAAGCUAGAGAUGUCACAGUCGGUUUCAGAGGAUUACUGAUUUGACUGGAAAACCAGGUAAGGGGCGUGAAUAAAAAACUGUUAUCAAAGUGACGUCGGGUGUUUUGAUUGGUUAGAUUAUUGUUAAAAAAUAUGCAAUUGGUAAAGAAGAAAGAAGGCGGAGCUUUUACUAAGAUGACAGGCUUCGCACCAUUUGUCAACCGGCGAGGAGAGCGGCUGGCAGCUGGGUGGAGUUUCCUGUAACCUUCCCAACCACAUCUUGACGUGGCGCUGGCGAUCUACGGUUUGAUAUUGCAGUCUGUUCGUACCACAACACAUGGGAGAAGGAGAGUGGAAGAGACGGGGAAACGGAAGCUAGCGACGCAGUCCGAGUGAUGGUGCAUAAAUAUUCACAAUAACAUUUGACACACAAAGUUUAUGAUAUAAAACAGAGCGCUGCUUUUACAAGCGUCGAUAUUUGGAUGUUAAAUGCCACCUUGUUCGUUUUUACAACUAUCUAACUGAGCCCGAAGCGAGAAGGAGAAGAAAGUAACGCUGGAGUAAUGUCUGCCAAAACAAACGCUUCUAAGAGCAAAGACAGCGGCGAACUCAUUAAAAACCACCACAAGCAGGCGUUUGAGUAUAUAUCGAAGGCGCUAAGGAUCGAUGAAGACGAUGCAGGAGAGAAGGAGGAUGCUGUGCAGUGGUACAAGAAAGGAAUAGCUGAGCUAGAGAGAGGCAUUGCUGUGGAGAUCACAGGGGCAGCAGGAGAUCAACAUGAUCGAUCAAAGAGACUGCGAGAUAAAAUGAAGGCCAAUCUCACCAUGGCAAAAGACAGGCUUGCGUUGUUAGAGGCCACAUUGGCAUCUAAGAGUAAAAGUCCUUGUGGGUCGAACUCAAAUCUUGCUAAUUCACAGCCAAAGUCCAAAAGCCAGCCUUCAGUGUCCUCCACCAUCAGGAAUUCAACGUCUGUCAGACCCCCAACAAGACCCCCUGAACUAAAGGUGACCCCUCGGAUGGGAAGAGCUCAGAAUGGAAAACGUCCUGCUGUGAAACAGCCUCCAAAGAGGGAUAUGAAAAACUUCAAGAAUGUGGACAGCAAACUGGCCAACUUGAUUCUAAAUGAAAUCGUUGACAGGGGGGCCUCUGUAUCAUUUGAAGACAUUGCUGGACAGGAUCUGGCUAAGCAAGCACUCCAAGAAAUUGUCAUCCUUCCCUCUUUAAGACCAGAGCUGUUUACCGGGCUGAGAGCACCUGCACGUGGGUUGCUUUUAUUUGGCCCACCUGGAAAUGGGAAAACCAUGCUGGCCAAAGCAGUCGCUGCGGAGUCUAAUGCCACGUUCUUCAACAUUAGUGCUGCCAGUCUGACUUCUAAAUAUGUGGGAGAAGGUGAGAAGCUAGUCAGAGCACUGUUUGCUGUUGCAAGAGAAUUGCAGCCUUCUGUCAUCUUUAUUGACGAAGUGGACAGCUUGCUCUGUGAGAGGAGAGAGGGGGAACACGAUGCCUCCCGUCGUUUAAAAACGGAGUUCCUCAUUGAGUUUGAUGGGGUGCAGUCAGGUGGGGACGAGAGGGUUCUGGUGAUGGGAGCAACUAACAGACCUCAGGAGCUUGAUGAAGCAGCCUUAAGGCGCUUUGCAAAAAGAAUUUAUGUGGCGUUGCCCGAUGAAAAGACACGAUGCACAUUGCUAAAAAAUCUUUUGGGAAAACAUGGAAAUCCACUAAGCACGAAUGAGCUCUCCCACCUUGCAAAAGCAACUGCAGGAUAUUCAGGAAGCGAUCUGACAUCAUUAGCCAAAGAUGCUGCACUUGGACCUAUUAGAGAGUUGGGACCCGAACACGUACGUAACAUGUCUGCCAGCGAGAUACGCAACAUCAAGAUGAAAGACUUUGAAGAGUCCCUGAAGCGCAUCAAGGCCACCGUUGGUCCAGCUACUCUAAAUAUGUACGCCAAGUGGAACAAAGAUUUUGGUGAUACGUCAGCUUUUUGAUCCUGAUUGUUUUCACUUUGAAACAAAACUGGUCUCCUUUGUUUACAUGAGUGAAAACCAGGGAGUGGUUGGUUGAAGCAUUAUGAUAUGAUUUCCUGUUUUAUGGAAAGGCUCUCCUACUACUGUUCUUAUUGAAAUUACACUCCUUAUUUACUAUCUGUGAUGAAAUCAUUAUUUAUUGUUAAGAAUUCCUACAAAAUAAAAAUUAAUUUCCAUCUUACCCCUGAAAUACAGAAACAAUCCUAUUUACUAGCUACAGCGCACUUACAGACAUGAUGAUGGUAAUCCAAGUUCUGCUUGUUAAGCAAAGCUUAACAGUGACAGUAAAUGGGAGUCUUGCCAAAGUGCUUAUUUUUGCUUAUGUGUGCAGUGUUUCCCUUUGCUCACAUAGUCUCUAGAUAAAGGCAACUCUCUUUUAUCUGCAAGUAGGACCUAAUUGUGUUUCUCUUUUUAUUUUGGUAUGUAUUUGAAUAAUUCCACUAGAUGUAAAAGCUCUUCUUCAUCUGUGAAUAAAAACAUUCAUUAAAGCUUCAUUGUCUCUUCA